AUCAGAAUCACCAAACAACAAUGGCUUCCCUCCAAAAUUCCAACUUCGAAAGCCAAAUCUCAGCUGAGUUACUCAUAGCUCGCAUCACCCAAAUCCAUAGCAGCAUAUCCAAACUCGACUCCCUAAGGCCUUCCAAGCAAGUCAAUACCCUUUUCUCUCACCUUGUGAAAUUAUGUAUCCUCCCAUCUUCCAUAGAUAUUCGUUCCUUAUCCCCAGAGGUGCAGGAAAUGCGAAACAGCCUCAUCGUUCUGUGUGGCAGAGCUGAAGGUCUGUUAGAACUUGAAUUUGCAACGUUCUUGAUCAAAAUGCCUCAACCUUUAAACAACCUUAAUCUUUUCCCUUACUAUGGAAACUAUGUUAAGCUAGCCAACUUGGAGUACAAAAUUCUUAGUGAAAAUGGAGUGAUGCAGCCAAAGAAGGUAGCCUUUGUGGGUUCAGGUCCAAUGCCUCUUACCUCUCUUGUAAUGGCUGCCCAGCAUUUGAAAUCUACUCAUUUUGAUAACUUUGAUAUUGAUGAGACGGCUAAUGAUGUGGCUCGCCAAAUUGUGGCUUCUGAUGGUGAUCUUGAGAAGAGAAUGAAGUUUGAGACGUGUAACGUAAUGGAAGUGAGGGAGAAGCUAGGAGAAUAUGAUUGUAUCUUCUUGGCAGCUUUGGUAGGGAUGAGCAAAGAGGAGAAAGUGAAGAUUAUUGGGCAUAUAAGAAAGUAUAUGAAGGAAGGAGGGAUUUUGCUGGUGAGAAGUGCAGAUGGAGCUCGAGCGUUUCUUUACCCUGUUGUUGAAGAGCAUGACUUGGUUGGAUUUGAGGUGCUAUCCAUCUUUCACCCAACUAAUGAUGUGAUCAACUCGGUUGUUCUUGUGCGCAAGCCAAUUACGUUUUGA